AUGAGAAUCAGGAUAUCUAAAUGUGCAACUCUAACUAUCGUUUUCAUUAACUUACUGUUAUUCUUUGUGUCGUGGAAAUAUUUUAAUGCCUCAGAUAACUUUCGAGAAAAUUCUUAUCAAGGAAUUUCUGAUGUGAAAUCAACAUUAAAGCCUCGAGACAGAAUUCAAGAAGCUAAUCACCUAAUUCGAACCUCACUUACUGUCAUUUUCCGAGAUUUUUAUCAUUUCGAUAACGAUUUAAAAACAAGUAUCGAUCAUCUAUUAAAUCUCAUACCCGAUCUCAGAAUUCUCAUCAUCUCCGAUGAGCUUCCAUAUCCGCCAAUAAAUAUUUUUAUGUCUUCACUUCCAACAAAUCAAACGACAUCCAGCACUGCCCUCAUCUACAAAGAAAACGUUCAGUUCUUCAAUCUCGACAUUGGUGUCAGUAAAAGUGGCAGCGAGAGAAAUCCAUCCAACUUUAUUCAAACAAAAUACGUUCUCUUUAUGCCCGACAGCUUCCGUUUAUCAAACGGUCGACAACUUUUCCAGCGAUUAAUCAAAAACCUCGGACACGAUGUGAGAGAUAAAAGUCAAGGAAAGAUUCUCAUCGUUCCCUUCUUGUCAAAUAAUAAACUCAUCAAUUAUUACUUCCAAAUUCACGCUGACAUCCCAAAUUGGACGUUGGAAUAUGAAGUGAAAAAUACAACGAAGAAUUGCAAUAUGUUUACUCAAAAGCACGCACUACUAUUGGAGACAUCUUUACUCAACAAUUUUCCAGAACCAUUCGCAGCGCCUUUUCCUGAGUAUUUUUAUUUACAAGCGAAAAUUGCAAAUUACCAACUUCUCUACUCAAAUGAAACUCUUUCUGAGGGAAAGAAAUUGAUGACGUCUUAUCACAGUAAAGCAAGACGAAAGAUGAUGAAAAAAGAACAAUUCAAAGAACUUUAUCGAAAGUUACAAUUCAAGAAAGUUGUUAAGAAAUUUCAUUUCAUUCUUCAAAAAGGUCAUCAGAAGAGUUCAAAGAAAAACAAGAAAGGAAAGAAUGGAAAUGACAAAAGUGGUAAAUCCAGUAACAAUUUCAAAUUUGGCGGUGGAAAAGAAGGCAAAGAUCCCAUCGAUGUUCUUAUUGAACCACUUGAACUUCCAGCUACAUUUUUAGCGAAUCAAAGUCUUGCAUCGAUGGUUCAAAUGAAGACCGACACGUGUUUCUAUGGUUGUGAAAAGAAUACGAAAAGUUGUAUCGGUCAAAUCUUUAAUCAGAAACCAUUCUACUUGUACAUGAAUCGUCACACACCUCCCUGUUGUCUCGAGAAGUUGAAAACAGUUUUUCAGUACCUGGUUGAAGAACUGGAGAACACUGGCAUCAGAUAUUGGCUUGACAACUCAGCAUUGAAGGAUGCAAUUGAGUUGAAUGAUUUGUCUAACGAUGCUUUCGAGAUUGACAUCAGCUUCAAUGUCAAUGACUAUAAUCGAUCAACUGCUUUAAAACGUUGCUUUGAUUCGCGACCAUUCACUGAUCUUGCCGGGUAUUAUUGGAUCAAAGCCACCGAUGGUCAAUACUUGAAAGUCCAAUUCUCAAAAACUAACGAGAUUCACGUCAAUCUCUUGCCUUUCGAGAUUCAAAAUGACAAAAUGGUUCCCAAGGGAUUCUACGGGACAAAAGCAAAAGAAUUCUCAAUAGAAUUUCUUCAUCCCAUGUCAAAUUUAUUUUUCUUAGGACGAAAUGUCUUCGCACCUAACAACGCACCAAUUUAUCUCAAAACCAAAGGCUUCAAAAUGAAUUCUGAACGAUAA